AUGAGUGCUAACACGAACAAUCUCUCCUCGACUCCACAGACCGUCUAUAUCGAACAUGCGAUUCAUCCAGAGAGGGACGAUUAUUUCCGUGCCCUAGCUGCUUCCACUAAAUCUCUCAAAGCAAGCCAGAAGAACUCCAGCGUACAAUGUACGCAGUGUCAAACGAAAUUGGAGAAGCCUUUGAAAUGCGCAAAGUGUAAGAGCGUCUGGUAUUGCUCAAAAGAGUGCCAAAAGAAAAAUUGGUCCACCCACAAACCGGCAUGCCACGAAGUCGAACGCUCCUCGGGGGUACUCAAAUCCAUACAAAUGUUCAGCGUAAACCCGUUGCUCAUGGGGUUCCUCAAAGUCGCUAUCAUCUUUGACUGUGGCCUGUUCGAGAAUCCCCGGAUCGGAUUUGAUGUGCCAUUCAUGGCACGUGUUGACAUUGCAAUGGAACCUAGCGACGUUCUUGACUUUGCUGGUUUGUAUUUCAACGACGAGGUUGUCGGAGAGAAGCUUCAAGGGAUGCUGCAAGUCAAUGCCAUUACUCCGUGGAACCCAGACACGCAAGGUCCCCUUACGCCGAAGCGGCUACAGAUAUGGCGUGAGGCUCGAGCAAAGUAUAACGCACAAGGUUUCGCCAAAGAUCCUGUAGGACUCAUAGAGUUCAUUAGCUGUAGUUGUGCAGAGGACUCGGGGAACUCGGUGACUGCUGAGCUGCACAUCCCCGCUGGUGUCCUUAAUAUUGCAAGGAAACGCGAGCCCUUCACAGGUGUCUCUGCUGUCACAGGCACGCAGUUCAACAAACCCAUGAGCACUGUGACAUGUCUAGAGUAUAUUAAUUUGCAUAUUCGAGCGGAUAAGCAGAAUCAGCUACGUUUACGGGCUGAUAUGACAGAACAAGACAAGGAAGCCAUUCGCGCUGCAGGUCGUAAUGAGGAUACACUUCCGGCUCGCAUUCUCAAAGAGAAGAUGAAAAGAGAACACCUCUAUGCUGGUGUCAUGGAGAUGACACGUGAAACAGUCAAAUGUGAGUGUGAACUUUUUCAACUUCUCAUUCUGUUCUAA